AUGCAAGAAAAUGAAAAAGAGGAAUGCUUUUAUUAGAUUACUAAUCAGUCAAAGAAUUAAGAUAAAGAUGAAAGCACACUUUCAGAAGUUAGUAAAAAUACCAAAAGCUUUGAUAGUACUAUGGCAAAUCUUUUAGAAAACGCAAUUAUGAUGGAAGAUUUUUAAAACAAUCUAUAAAUCUAACGUUAAAGUCAAUAAAAUUAAAAUGAAGAAAAUAUAAUUUAAGGAAUAAGCAUACAGCCUAAUUAGCAAAAGUUAAUAUAAGCAGAAGAAUAGCUGCGCCAAAAAAAAUACAUGUAUGUUUCUUACAUCCAGCCAGAUUCUUCUUUUAGACAUUAAAUAAAGCUGAUUAACAGAAAUGUUAAAUAUAGUGCUAAGACCAAGGAAAUGCUGAACUUUCAGAUAAAACCACCAAACCACUUAUAAAAUUUUCAUAGUUAUUAUGACCAAUCUCUAAGUGUCAGCACCUCAAAAGAAAGGAACUUAUCUUAGAAUUAGGAUUUUAGAGAAAGUAAGAAUAAAUUUCACUCAAAAGAAAAUGUUGAAAACUCUUAUGUCAACCCAUUAAGAGAGUACAAUGCUAGUGUUGGAGUAAGAUCUUCUCUGCUUGAUUAAAAUAGCAAAUACUAAAGCAACAGUGUUAUUGAUGAAUAGCAAGAGGAAGAGUAAGUAAUGACUACAAGCUAAUUCAGAGAUAAAAAAAUAUCUAAGGCGAAAAAGUUUUAAUCAAUUCAUAAUUAAUUUUCAAUUGAUUUAGAUUCUUUAAGUCCUUCAGCUGCAUCAAAUCCUAUUAACAGAUAUUCUUUUAUGCCUAAUAGCGAAGUGGCUAAAAUAUUUGGUAUAAUACCCUCUACUACUACUUCUAAAAAGACAAAUAACAAUUAAUAGAGCAACUUAAGUUAGACAGAUGCUUUUUUAACUAAUACAUUCAAUUAUACUCGAAAGCUUUAUUUAAUUGUAGUGCUGAUACCUACUUAAUUCAUGAUAGAGUUAAAAUAAUUAAAGAUGUUUUAUGAGCCUUUAGAGCUUGUUUCAAUGAAUAAAAAGAGACAAGGUGGAUGCAACAAAACACUAACUAGAAAGCUUGACAUGAAUACUCUAUCAGAGAGAUUAAUAAAAUAAAAUGACUAGUUUCCUUCUUAUAAGAUCAAAACAAUACAUAUUCCAGUAAAAGGCUAGGUCGUAGAUAUCAAGAACGAUGGUGCUUGGGCUUAAAUUAAGAGAAAUAUGGAUAAUUUUUUUGAAGACUUAGACGAUAUUAGCUAGUUUCUUAAUGGAAGUGAAAAGAAGCCAUUAAAAGAAUUAAAUUUCGAUUGUAAUCUGUUUGAUUCAAGAGAAAAUAAAGGUUAAAGAAAGAAAUUCCAUUUUCCUUCAUUUGUCUAAAAGAACUAAACUAAAAAUAAUAGCUAAAAAUAAGAUUAUUGUUUUUACUAUGAUCAUUUAUUGUAAAAAAUUUAAGACUUAAACGAUCUACCAUAUUCUGAUCUUGAUAUGAAUUAAAAUUUAAUGAUCGCAAGUUCUUCUCAGUUAGAAUAUAUUAAUUUAACUGACAUUAUGUUUGAUAGUUCGAUAGAAGACUAAGCCAGAAAGACCAAUUUCGAAUAUCUUAAAUAAAAAAUAUUAAAUUAGAAGCCAAGACAAAAGUCUUCAUAUGAACCAAGAAAGGCAGAUAUAAUUUAGUAACAGUCAUCGUAAGCAAGUAACCAUAAUAAAUCAUUUAUCAUAAAUGACAAUGAAAGAAAAAGUGCUACCUAAUUAGAUUAAGAUAAGUUGAUAUCGCCUUAAGUUGCCACUAAAAAUUAAACUCCUUUAAAUUAUAGAGAUGUUUUGGUAAACUCUCCAUCUCAAAAGAGAUAAAAAUCGCCCUCUGAUAAAAGAGAAAAAUCUCCCUUCGUGCCUUAUUAAAAAAGAAAUUAAAAUGAGCAAUUAUGGUCAGAUUCAAAGAAAAAUUAUGAAGAUUAAAUUAUAAAAGAAGAAACCCAAAACUAAAACCUAAAAGCUGAUAACAAUAACCAUUUUGCAUCGCUGGGGCUAGAAAGUAUUGAUGAUACUCUGUUGCAUGAAAAGAGUAAAAUAUCUUCCUCGUUAAAUUACUAUAAGCAAACCGAAAACAAAAUCUUUCAAUUCAACCCUUUGGAAGAAAAUAUGUAUUCAUAUAGCAGAAAUUCAAGUUGUAGAAACAGCAGUGCUUAAAAAAACAAACUUAGUCCUCUCUCUAGAUUAAACAAUUAAUAAUUAUUUGAUAAAUUUUUAAUCUAAAAAAUACAAAAGCAAGCAAAAAAAAUAAAAUAAAUAAACGUUGAUUCAAGUCUGGAUUCUAUUGCAGUUUUCCCAAAGUAAUUUGCUGUCACCACAACAGCUUAUAAGACUAAUGGACAAAAUGAAAAUAAUUUUAACGAAGACAAAGUGAUUUAUCCUUUUAAAUCAAAAUGGAUUAAAGUGAGAAAAAAUAUAAAUAUCCCUAAGCCAAACAGCAACUUAUCACCUCAUUUAAAUAAUUUUUCUAGUGUAAACGCCUCAAUUAACAUAAAUGCUCAAGAAAAACUUAGAUUAUACUCUGGUUAAGGCUAAGAGCUUCAAUCAAAUUUUACAGGAGAAGAUAAAAUUCCUGAAUAUCUAAGGCAGAAUAUAAUUUCAUAAACAGUAAAUGUCAGCAAUUAGAAUUAUUAACCAGAAAACCAACUUCACUAAAGUAAUAGCUUUUAGCCAAAUUCUCAAUCUUUUGAGAUAAAUUUCUAAUUAGAAGAGGAAAAAACACUCUUAAAUUAAAUCAAGCAAACAUAUGAUUCUAAUAAUAUGAACUUAACAUUUAAUAAUAACAAGUUGAGAUUAUCAAAAAAACAAGAAUACAAAAGAACUUUAGUAAACUAAGUGCAUGAUGCAAAGUUUGCAGAACAAUUCCAUAAAGAAUUUCUAAAAAAAUUUGGUUUUAGCAGCAGCAGACAAAUCAGCGAAAUACUUUACAAAGAUGCUUUCUUUAACUAUACAAAAGAAGAGCUAGACAUCAUGUUUGGAUAAUUUUUAAUCUUAGCAAACAAUUGCCAAAGGUUUAUGGAAAAACCUCUUUAAGAAUUUCUUCAAGAAUUUGAAUAAAAAGAUCAAAUUUCUACAAAAUAAAAAACCAUCUAUCUAUUUUAAAAAUGUUUACAUACAAAACUCGGCAUAUUAAAAGAAACUUUUACUGUAUUUAAAAGGCUGAAAGAGUUAUAAGUGCUAAAGCCAGCUUUGAAAUUUAUAUUAUUGAAUAACGAUAUGGUAGAUUAACAAUUCAAUAGCAGUAAAGAAACCGAUAUUCAGUUUUAUUGGAAGGAUUUUUUAAGAUUUAAAGCUUUUAUAGUAGAACAGAAAUGGAGUAGAUUCGAUAAAAUAUCGUUUUUACUUUCAAUUAUAAAUCCUAAUAACGAAUAAUAUAUGAGCUUAAAGCAAAUAAAUACGAUUUUUCCUGAUAACAUGAAAGUAACAGAUCCUAAAUAAAUCAAACUAAUGAAGGAAUUUUUAUUCAACUCUCAGUUCCUAGUUGAAGGAAAUAAAGUCGCUUUCUCUAGAAUCAGCGAUUGUCUGUAAAAGGAAUUCUUUUUAAAUAUAAAUGAUUUUAUAAAUCAUUUUUUAACAAAAUAAUAAUGA